AUGCCUGGUAACCUGCCUGCAAGCAGUGGAAGUGGAGAUGGAUCCUCGUUGACUGAGAGCCAAGGGACCGGCCGCGGGAGGAAACGCUACUGCAAAAAGUGUAAAUUUACCUGCACAGAUGCACGUGAAUUUACUGCCCAUCAAGCUGCACAUUCAGAAUCCGAUGACAACAGAGCAGAAUCUGCAACUGUUUUCUCACAAGUAACAAAGACAUCAUCACACACUUUACAGACUCGACGAGUUUUGAGACCAAAGCGCACCUUGACAGGUAGUUUACCAGACUCUGAUACUUCUUUGUCUGCAAUGGAAGUACCCAAAGACAUCAUGGUAGAGACUGCUUCAGUAAGAGAUGGAAAGGCAGCAGACUUUAAGCCUUAUGGUAAAGAUUUAGCAUCAUUUGUUGCUGAUACUGUGAAAUCAGAAGAGAAGACUGCGAAGUCAACACAGAAUUCAGAGACAAAGUCUCCGAGCUUGAGUGGAGAUGUUGAGGAGGAGUGUAUGGAUGCAGAUGAAGGAGAAGAUGAGCCAGAUGCCAUGUCUACUUCCUUGGAGGAGAGCCUGCACGUUGAACGUGGUGAUUCUAGUGACGGAGUCCGGCGGCUGCCGCAUGACAUUGCUGAUAAAUUCAGCGCAGAUGAAGAAGUGGAUGAUGAGGAUAGACUUGUCAUUGAUGAUGAUGAUGCUUUGAUUAGAAAUGCACACGGAAUAGGUGCACAACCCCGGUUGUACACUUGUCAGCACUGUAGGGUGACUACAGGCAGUGCCAAGGCUUACCUGCAUCAUCUGAAAGAAAACCACAAUACUGAGGUUAACAUCUUUGACUGUGAUCUGUGUGAUUAUGCCACAGUCUACAAGCAGAGGCUCAACAAACAUAGAAAGCUGCACUUCUUAACUGAAAGUGGUGAUGGGCUUAAUGCAGCUUUUGAUUCCACAGAUAAAUCAGGUGUGAUCAAGAUAGAGGAAAACAACAGGUACUCCAAGUUUUCCUUGCCAGUCUCAUCUGCAGUUUGCUCACCAUACAAAACUGAGAAAACAGAUGAUAUGGAUGACGAGGAAGAUGAUGAUAUCUCCCUCGUGGACCAAAAGUCUACCUCUAUUGCAAUAACACCAGAAAACAUAGACCAAGUUUUGGAUGAAGAUAAGAAGAAGAAAAAGAAAACAAGACAAGAAGUUGACCCAGGGAAAUAUUUUGAAGCAGUGGACAGCAGCGGCACCAAGUAUGCUUGUUCUCAGUGUGGAAAUAUCUACAAAUGGAGGAAGAGCCUAAACAAACACUGGAAGGAGAAGCACAGCAUGGACCCCUUAGUGGAAGUGGCCAGCCCUCCUGGCAUGCUGGAACUGCUCAAAUCUGGUAAAUAUACACAACUUGGAGCUCGCAGAAUUUAUGACAAGACCUUCUUGGCAACAAUUAAAACGAACAAGAGUGAUAAUCUCUCCCACAUAACUUCUCCUCACGUCCUCACUCAGUCACCAAGCCCUCCACAUUUUUUUAGUGCAGCCUCCAACUUGGUCAGCAGCGCUUCAAGAAUGGCAGCAUCAGUGAACUCUUUGCUCCCAAAGAUGAUAGGUCCAUUUGUGUCCAGCACUGCCCAGCCAGUGUUCCCUGGCAUGCCCCUGGCCUUGUCUCAUUUGUCAAUGCAAAGCAAUGGUUACGACUCUUCUGAAGAAGCUGCAUUGGAUCUUACUAGAGACAGUAAGUCCAGUUCAAGAAACUCUCCCUACGUCAGUGUGAGUACACAGGACCAGAAUAAAUUAUACGACCAGGAUCAGCCAUUAGACUUCUCCAAGAACAAUAAGGCAGCAGAAAGUGUGGCGGCUGAGAAGCCGUGGGAAGGCAUGAGUUCCAUGAAACCUGCACACAGCAUCAACCAGCUGAUCCCCAGACUACACCAUUGCUCAAAGUGUGAUUUCACCAGCACCUCUGAAGUUGAAUUCGCCAACCACACAAGUUCACAUCUCAAUAAAAGAAUCGUCAAAUGUUUUGAAUGUAAGCUCCAGUUUAACUCUAUGGAUGAACUCAAUAACCAUUUUAUUAAACUUCACUUCAGGAAACUAACUGAUUACAAGGAAGCCAUUAAGAAGAUCCCACAUGGUUUACAGCAAACCUACCAUCUUCUCAACAUGGAGAUCCAUGACAUUGGUGAGCUUGGAAAUCAGGAUUUAGGAGCAGGAGAAGGCAAGAGUUUGAAAUGCAAAAAGUGUGAUUUUGAAGCCAAAUGGCCUGCAGAGCUGCAGAAACAUGCUGUAUCUCAUUCAGAGGAAAGACCUUAUAUCUGUAUGGUAUGCGGGUCAACAUACAAAUGGAAAUGGGACCUUGUGAAGCACUUUCAGAAGAGCCACCCUAAUCUCCCAAACCCAUAUAGGAGGAAUGACAAAAAAGACAGUCCAGAUGGAAGCUCAGAUGAUGAAGAAGACGAACCAGUGCCAAAGCGAGUCAAGCUGGAACCGGGCAGCGGAAUGUUGAAUGGCAACGUGUUUGGCCGUGAUGACAACAUCUCUGUAGAAGGAAUCAUUGCAGCGACGCAGGCUGGGCAGAGACUCAUUUCCAGCCAGCCUAAUAUUCUGGAUGAUGAACCUAAUGUGGAAAGGAAUCUGUGUUUUCUGAACCCGUUCUCUUACACCUCAGGUGAGGACAUGACUCAAGUGGCUCAGAUGGUGCAAGCUGCCCAGGCAGCUCAGGAGAUUGACCGACGCAACAAAGCUCAGAAAGCAAUCCAAGAUGCAGUGAGGAAUCGCCAGAAUUCCAACAGCUCUGGCAGCAAUAGCAGCACCACCAAGAAAAGUGUGGCCAGUGAACCAGCCCUAAGUCCUAGCCCGGGCAGCUGUAAGUCUGAAGAGCUGCCCUACAAAUGCACCAUGUGUAACUACCACGCUCGGUGGCCUUCUGAGGUCACCCAACACAUGAAGAACCACUCCGACUCCAAACCUUACUUGUGCCCUAGAUGUGAGUACAGAAGCAAAUGGAAAUGGGACGUGGUGAAGCAUCUGAAGCGUUGUGGGGGUGGUGGCAUCAACGAUGUCAUUGACACCACAAAAGGAAAGAAAAGGGAUGCCUCCGUUAGUAAUGGACCCCCCAAUGUUGUGGUCAGUCAGCAAGGGAAAGUGAAAAAGAUGACCCCGCAGCCUUCACUGGCAUACAUGUUCCCAUCUGGGAAUGACAGUGGGCAGCAAGCCGGAAUAAUGGUCACUUCUGAGCAGAACAGUGUCUCUGAUGAAUCUUCUGGUGAGGACUUCAGCAGACCAGGAUCGUGUGCCUCUCCGCAGGACCUCAGCAACAGCAAUAACAGUAAUAAUGACAAUAACUCCAUGGAACAUAACAACAACAAUUACACAGGCUAUACCAAUGGCUUGCCUUUUACUAAUCUGAACACUCAAGCAAUGACCAGUGCUCCUCCUCAUGUAAGCAGCCUCAGUUACUCCAGCAGCCCUGCUCAGUCUCCCAGCUUGCCACAAACAACACAUACAAGCAGCACUAGACAGAGCGAGACCUGGAACUGUCCUCACUGCCCUUUUACCACACAAAGUCAGGCCGAGCUGAAGCGCCACUCGGGACUCCACUCAGACGACAAGCCGUUCAAGUGUGAUGUGUGCCAGUAUUCCACACGCUGGGCUUGUGAUUUGAAGAAACACAGAAAAAGCUACAAUCACUUCCCCAGACCAGCUGUCCAGAAAGAGGAGAAAGAAAAGACAUCCCAAGUUCGAUUCAGAUGCACGCAAUGUAACAUUUUCUUCCACACUUUACAAAGUCUGUUAGAACAUCGCCAGGCAGAGCACACAGGACAGGAGUCGAGCCACAGUUCUCCAGCUCCAUCAACAGAGAUUGAAAUGGACAUGGCUCGCAUAAAACACCCAAGGAAACAGGUGAAGAAAAUUGAAUGUACAAAAUGUGAGUUUGUGUGUAAAAGUCGUCAGACCAUAGAGAAGCACAUGGAAGAACAUGAACAGCUGGAGCAGACUGGCAUCCAGUGCUUCUACUGCAGGUCACUGUUCAAGGACAAAGAAUCACUGCUGGAUCACAUCAGCACGCACUCAGCUUUCAACCCUAAGGAGUGGGAAACAUUUUUCAUGAUCACCGAUGAAGACCACAACCAACUGAAAGAUGACACAAAAGCACAGGCCAAAAAGGAUUAUAAACUUCAGAAAAGCAACACAGAUAAGAAUGAAAUGAGUCAGGGCAUUGCCCAGGUGAAUAAGAAAUGUUCAGAAAAUGAGAAGCCUGCCACAGAUUCUACUGAGGCCAGAAUACAGCAGAUCUUGAGUGAAGUUCCCAAGCAAAUGAUCAUCUCUCAGCAGGGUCAAGGCUUCAACAAGUUCAAGUGUGAGUGGUGUCCAGCGGAGUUUGUAAACCUGACUGCAGUUUACAAGCAUGCCAUCCAGGCUCACCCCAUCCAGCUGAAAGAACAGGAUGUCAGCAUGGCUUUGUCUGGUCAUGCCAACCAUGCAGGUCUGCCUGCUGGUCAGAAACUGCAGCCAAAGAAAAUGUACACAGGAGAACCGAUUGAUAUUCUCAAGCAGCAGAUUGCUGAGAAAAGAAACCAUCAGCUGGGAGAGAAACAUGAUGCUGUGUCAAGUUCCAAAGUGCAAGAAGCUGUAAGCAAGAAGGAUGAUGAGGGAAGAGGUGGCAAGAGGUACAGCUGUGGCAAGUGCAGUUUUUCUUCAGCUAAUCCUGAGACUUUUCAGCGGCACCAGGAGUUGCAUGGAAGCAAGCUGAACUCCCAGUGUUGGUUCUGUGACUACAGUGUGGACAAAAUGAAUCUGCUCUAUCAGCACAUGAAAAUUUCCCAUACUCGCAAGUGGAAAGCUCUCAGUCAAGACCCCAAGUAUGCAAGUCAGAUUCACAGAAUGAACCUGGCAUUUGCAAAUAGCAGUAAUGCGGGAAACAAUAAUGACAGUCCGCCUGAGAUUUCCAGCCAGUCAGAUUUCAGUAUCAUGGACCUAAGCUCCAAGAACAAGACUUCACGUUCGGAAGAUUCUCAUGAUAUCAUGUACCUCACAAAACAACAGCACACAUGGAGCGGCAUCCCGGUAAACAUCGUGCCUGUUGGUAACGUUUUAAAUUAUGUUUGCCCUCAUUGCGCCUUUCACAGUGCAUCCAUUGGUGAAACUUGCGAGCAUGUGGUGCGCAGUCACAGAGCCAUGUCAAAAUUUAGCUGUAAGACGUGCCAGUUCUCUGAUGAUAACAUUCACGUCAUGUCUGACCAUUGCAAGAAAGAGCAUUCGAAACAUGAGAGAAUUGUUGAAGUUGUAGACUUCAAACAGAUAAACUACAGCGAGCUGCAGAUUGUACAGCUCAAUGCUCUAAGAGAACAAAUGGCCCAUGACCCCAGUAAAAAAUCAGACAUGAAUACUGAUGCAAAAACUCUGGCAACAAAAGCCAUGUCAUGCCCAUUUUGUCCCUUUAAAACUUUGAUGACUGAACACAUGAAGACGCACAUCUCCAGCCAUAGCAAGCAGGCCAGGUUUGGCUGUCAGUUCUGUGACUUCAGCUCAGAAGUGCCUACUGCCAUCAGUGAGCACAUCAAAGUCCAUGAUGUCAACUACAUCAUGGACUACAGAUCUUUCUUAGAAAAUGUCAAGAUGUCAGCCCAUGUGAAGAAGGAGCCAGUGGACAGAAGAUUUCAUGAAUUAGAUUCAAAACCAACUGCUAAAUUUCUAGAACAUUCAGAACUGACCCACAGUGACCAGGAGGGUUCGCCCAGGUCAAAGGCAAACAAGAGGAUUCGGUACAGGUGUUCUGAAUGCCCGUAUCAUACCACGUGCAAGAGCAACAUGGUGAAGCAUGUGAGGCAGCACAACAACAAUAAGAAGUACAAGUGCACCAAAUGUUCAUACGGAGCUGCCCGAGCUGUGCUCCUGAAGAAUCAUCUGGAUUCCCAUGAUGCCCCAACAGAGGCUGAUGGUCAGUUUCAUGACAUCUUCUGCGACCCAAGCAGCCCAAAUGAAACUUUCAAGAAUGUUGGGAGUGAUGAUGUUGACAGCGAAGAGACAGAAAUGGAGGCGGAAGAUUUUGAUGAGGAUGAAGAAGAUGAUCCACAUUCUGAUGAUUCUGAUGAAGCAAAUGUCAAAGCUAUUGUCGACCUUGAAGCCAAGGACAUUUUAGAAGCCGAAGCUGCCCACCGGGCUUCUUUUUACAGUGAUGAAGGUGAUAGUGCAGACAAGCAGUCCCGCAAACAAAAAUGUCAGCACUGCCCUUUCAGCAGUAACUCCGGCUAUGAGUUCCGCAAGCAUCUAAAUUUUCAUGGCACACAAGAGCGCUACAAGUGUGAUCACUGCAGCUACAGUUUGGAUAGACUUAAUCUGCUGAGUCAACAUCGACGACUUCACGCUGAAGAGCCUGGAUACAAUCCCAACCCUCCUGCAGCUGAUUUACUCAAUACUGAUUUUAUUCUUCUCCAGAAUUCUGACAUGGCAGAUACUGAGCAACAGACUGAGUUUGGCAAUCUUGAGGAAGGAAAGAAUAUCUUGGCUCCAGUUUGCCUCUUCUCCUGUGUAAAUUGUCCUUACAAAACAACAAAAAAGAAGCUGUUUGACAUUCACUGUAACAGCCACAAUUUAAGAAAGCGCUACAUUUGUGAUUAUUGUGAUUGGAGUGCAGACCAUAUUGGACAUUUGUACCAGCAUCGCAGAGUGCAUGAACAUGAGCCAGACUUUAACAUCAGUCCAGAUGAGAAGGUGUUUCUCAAUCAAGAGUUUGGAGAUGGUGCUUCUGGGGAGUUUGAAGCCAAACUGAUGGAAAUUAAAAAUAUUGACAAACCAGUUGAAGAAGGUGAGACUGAGACCCCACCAUUUAAACUGACUGUUGUCAAGAAAAGUUAUCCCUGCAAACUGUGUCCAUAUAAGACAAACUCAAAGAACAGCUACUCUGUUCAUGAAAGUAUGCACAAAUCCGAUGCAGAAUUUGCCUGCACCGAAUGCUCUUAUUCUUCUGAGAACAAAGGUCUUCUAAAGCAGCAUCUUCGUCUCCAUGCUACCACCAGCACAAGAACCUCUUCCCCAUUGUCUGCCUUGGUGAAGGGCCAACAUCCUCAGCAACCUUCAGAUAUGGAGACACCAUGUUCUCAAUAUGACCCUAAUGUGAACAAAAAGAAGGAAUCUCAAAGAACUGUCAACCAUUUAGAAAGUCAGUCUGCUCCAGAAAUAAAAUGCCAACGUUGUCCUUUCACCGCUUCUUCUCAGAAUGCUCUUCAGGAACACAUGAGAUGCCACACUGCUCAGGACAGCUUGACCUGCCCAUUUUGUGACUUCAGUGCCACAUCUGGACAGGUCAUGUACCCCCACAUUCAGAUCCACUUUCCUGGCACCAAACUGGAGCCUGAAGCUCUAGAGUGCAUGCUGGAGGAACAUACUAGAAUCACCAACAACAACAUUCACAUCCAUGACAGCGUGUCCAAGUCACUGUCACCUCCAGCUGAAAAAACUCUUUCUCUGAAAGAGAAGGAAACCACAGCAAUGAAACGGGUUUACGUCUGCCAGUUCUGUGAGCGGGAAUUUGAAGCCAAGCACUUGAUGAUACAGCAUGAGAAGCAGCAUUUGGUAGGUAGUCACGCUGAAGAUAAAUGUGAUUAG